GCUGACCUGAGGGUAUAAAAGAGCACUAGACAGAGGUUGUCAGGACAGAAAGUUUAAGGAGACUGCAGAUAUGCUCAGGUUUCUUUUGUUGACCUYUCUUGCAUCCCUGGUUCUGGCUGAACCCCAGCCCAGGUACCUGAAGGAUGGUAUUGGUGAGGAAAGAGUUGUGGGAGGAGAGGUGGCCAAUCCUAACUCCUGGCCAUGGCAGAUCUCCCUCCAGUACCUGUCUGGAGGCUCCUACUACCACACCUGYGGAGGAACUCUCGUUAGGAGAGGAUGGGUCAUGACUGCUGCUCACUGUGUGGACAGAUCCAUGACUUGGCGUGUCGUUCUUGGAGAUCAUGACAUUUACAACCACGAGGGAAAGGAGCAGUACUUGAGYGUGAGCCAGGUCUACGUCCACCCUAACUGGAACUCCAACAAUGUGGCUGGAGGUUACGACAUUGCUCUGCUGCRUCUGUCCACUGACGCCGCCCUCAGCAACUACGUCCAACUGGGCGUUCUUCCUCCCUCCGGUCAGGUUUUGGCCCACAACCACCCCUGCUACAUCACUGGAUGGGGACGCACUCAGACUGGUGGUAACCUGUCUGCUCAGCUGAAGCAAGCCUACCUGCCUGUUGUUGAUUACAACACCUGUGCCAGCUCCGGUUGGUGGGGCAGCACUGUGAACAGCGCCAUGGUCUGUGCUGGAGGUUACAGCGACUCUGGUUGUCAGGUGAGCCACCUGUUGAACUCCCUCUUUUCAACAAAAAGUGGACAAUCAUAA